GACGGUUUCACUUUCAAUCUUUGCUGGUAAAUAACUUCAUUUUCUCCUCACUGAGCAGCACAGAAUGAAGCGGUGACACUGUGGAUAUUGAGUUAAGGGUGGGCGUGCCCUAACAGUCCUUGCCAGAAGCUCAGUAGGAGGAGGACAGCAAAUCACAACCCUGCAGUCACAUAAGUAAAGACAGGCUUCAGUUCCCUAUCAGGAUUAUACAGCAGCUAUUCCUAGUAUUUUCAUAACAUGGAGAAUCAAAUGUCUCAGAGUGAAAAUUUGGACCUAACCAACAUAUCAGAAUUUGACUCAGAUUUUCAGCCAGUGCUGCCAUCAUCAUUCAAGGAUAUUGACCUGAAGACAUUUAUCUUAGAGAUGGAAGAAACCCACAGACAAAUACGACAGCAGAUGCCUAAAGGACCAAACUACUUGAUGAGAAGUGAAUCCAAGAGGCUAAAAUCCUUACUAACCCUGGUGCCCACAUCUACUUGGUCUCCAUGUGAACUUGCUGCUGCUGGAUUCUACUUUACUGGAAUCAGUAACAGUUCUCAGUGUUUCUGCUGUGGGUUAGUUCUGUGCAGGCAGUCUUUAACCACAUCACCAAUGCAGAAGCACAAGAAAUGUAAUCCCAGUUGUGGAUUUGUACAAGGCAAAGAUGUCGGGAAUAUUUCAAAAUAUGAAGUACGUUUGCAGCCUUUGGAGCCUAAUGGAAGACUUGAGAAAGAUGCAAUGAAAAGUGAAGAGCGUAGGCUAGGCACCUUUAAGGGCUGGCCUGUGUAUGCUGCAGUAGAGCCCCAAGCUCUUGCACAUUCUGGAUUUUAUUUCACAGGAAGGAGAGACACAGUGCAGUGCUUCUCAUGUGACGGCUGUUUGGGAAACUGGGAAGAAAAUGAUGACCCUUGGAAAGAACAUGCAAAGUGGUUCCCAGAGUGUGUAUUCCUGCGUAGUGAAAAAUCUGAAGCUGAAAUCAGUCAGUAUAUUGAUAAUUACUGUGGGUUCCACCAUUUUCCCGGUAUGUCUUUCUGUGAUAUUUAUGGCAAAGGAGUGCAGUGUUCACAAAAAGAAACAGCAAUUGAAAAAGAAAUCAUACUUUUGAAGAGCCAGCUCAUUAAAUCUUAUAGCAAUCCAACGUUUCACAGAAUAUCCUCCUUCGGAGAGUGUGUUGAUCCUAUUGUAGAUCUGAAUUCAGUGUUUGCUGACAUAGCUGUCAGUAGAAAAAACACCAGAAAUCAGCCUUUGGAGCAGCUCACAUUACCUGAUAUUCUGUCAGACCUGAGGGACAUCACCAUGAUUGAAGGUGAAGCCGGCAGUGGGAAAACAGCUCUGCUCAAGAAGAUAGCCAUUCUCUGGGCUUCAGGGACCUGUCCCAUGUUAAGCAGGUUUAAGCUGGUGUUUUAUAUCUCUGUUACCUCCAUUGACAACGACAGUUCACUAGCUGACAUAAUUUGCAAACAGUUGUCUGCAACUGCUGUAUAUCUCCCUAAAGAGACUUUGGCAGAGAUGAUGAAGCAGUUAAAGAACCAGAUCUUAUUCCUCCUAGAUGACUAUGGUUUCAAUGACACCACUCCAGAAGCCAUAGAUGAGAUUUUACUAAAGAACCACGUCAAUUUGUUAAGUUUGGCCGUCAGUGUGCGCACAGACAAAGGAAAGAAGCUACGUCAAUAUGCAAGAACCAUACUGGAAAUCCAGAAAUUUCCUUUAUAUAGCACUAUCUACUUGGUCAAGAACUUGUUCUUACACGACGGUGAACGCGUGAAAGCAUUCUUUAUUGAACUGGAAACAUAUAAAAAUUUACAGGCUGCCCUUCACGUCCCUCUCAUGACUCUUUCUCAGUGUUCCUAUUGGGUUCAGAAUCCACACGAGCGUUCAUUUUGUGAAAGAGAUGUUUUUGAAGCAUAUUUGAACUAUAAUAUGCAAAAAGUUUCUUGGGACACCAACAGAAUAAAUUGUGUGAUAAUGUCCUGUGGAGAUCUUGCCCUCCAUGGGGUCUUCCAUUCAUGCUUUGACUUUACAGAAGAAGACCUCUGUACAUUUGUUGUGGAUAUUGAUGAUGCCAUAACACUCGGACUUUUAAGCAAAUUCUCAGCCCAGAGGCUUCGUCCAGUCCACCGCUUUAGUAAUAAUUUGUUCCAAGAGUUCCUGGCUGGAAAGAGGAUGAGUGAAUUAUUGGAAUCUGAGGAACAGGAAAAAGUGGACAGAGGGCUUCAUUACCUGCACCGUGUGAACACUUUUCUCAAGUUGCAAGGGCCGUACAGUUAUCUUUUGAAAUAUGCUAGCAGGAUUUCCCCAAAAGCAACAGUAAAGAUAAUGUCCCACUUGUUCAGUUUCUAUGAUAACAAAGAUGCUCUGGAUUGCCACUUCGAUAACAGAGAUCACUUACAGAGGUACCCAGAGCUUCAGAUAAUGGAAAGGUUGUUAAUAUUUCUGCUAAGUGUUGGAGACUCAGAAUUUUGCAUGAAUCUAUUGCUAACAUUUGCUGUUAAAGCCGCGGUUGACAGUCGGUGCUUAUCAGAAUGCGCUCCUGUCAUCUUGCAGUUUUUAAGAGGCAAAAACAUUACUUUAGAUCUCAAUCCAAUAUCCGGGGAUAGCAAUAGCAGCUUAUUUUAUUUUAUGGAGAAAUACCCAGAAUGCAUUGCUUUGUUGAGUUGCAUUACCUGCCGCAUAAACCCGAGGAAAUUUCCUGACGCGCCGGAUUUUUCAACAAUGUCGCAGACUUUUGAAAACUAUGGCGUUCCUACAGUGGAGCAAGAUUACUCUGCUGCGUAUCUUUCCAUGAAUGCUUUACUUGAAGAGAAACAAAAGGAAAUAAAUCAGUCAAAUGAAACACUGUCAUAUUUUCCACAGACUAUUCAAAUUAGUGACUCAGUUAUCAAGGCAUUUUCAUCCCUUCGGGGCCACAAAGCUCCAGUUUUCAAACUAGUCACAAACAACAUUUGCCAACUUGCUCCAAGUGAAUGUGAAAAACUCAGAAUUCUCUUUUCAGUAUCGGAUCACAUAAAGCUUGAGCUGAACAAGAGCAAUGGCUUUGUUAGAAAUAUUAUGCCAGUCAUUGAGCAGUACCUGAGUUCUUUUAAAGAAUGCACUAUAUGUAAUACAUAUCUGUGCAAAGAGGAACAGGAACUGUUGCUUAGGAUGGCAUCCUUGGAAACCCUAGAGUUUGGAAACGUAAGGGCAAUACCACAACCAGAAUCCCUAAUUUCUGGUGUGCACAGAUUUAUGUGCUUGAAGGAACUUUCGAUAAAUCUGCCGACGUACCCAGAAUUUAUAGAACAUAUACCGGAUGAGUUCGGAAGACUGAACAAGAUAAAAAAGCUUGCACUUUGCUGUGAUUUUGCUCAUGGUUCAACAAGGUUUGCUCAGUUCAUUAGGAACUUUGGAAAACUGGAAGUUCUACAGUUAAAUUGUGAAAGUUUCCCUGAUUUCAAUGGUCUGAUGACUUCACUCACAUACUGUAAUGAUCUGAAAGAAUUAAGUUUCUCUGAAUCAAAUCUUAAAGAAGAUGAUUUGGCUUCAUUAGCACAAACAAUGGCAUAUUUUAAAUCACUGAAAGUUCUGAACUUGAAAAGUCAAAAAAUCCUAUCCUCGGAUGUCGCAGAAACAUUGGUCUGUGCUCUGGGUUCCCUGGUUCACCUGGAGAAGCUAUUUUUACCAGAAGGGGAUGGGAUGGUUAAAGCCGCAAACCUUCUGAUAGGGCAGUUACACAAUUAUCCAAACCUCCAACAUCUCACUAUGUCCAAAAUUCUAAAUGAUGAAAGCAUUGAAGAGUUAGGAGGUGCAGCGCAAUCUGGUUACCUGAAAAAGCUUUGCCAGCUUGAGCUGGAUAUAAAUAACAAUGUCACUGAAUCUGGAUGGAGAGCAUUUUUCCAGAAAGUAGACAACAUGCCAGAGCUAAGCCUUCUGAAUAUAAACCGGAUGUACACCCACUCUAUAAAGUCUCACCCGACCACCGUUACAUCUUUUGUACAAUGUGUAUCCAGACUGCCAAGUCUGACGACGACCCUGAUGCUUGGGUGGCUGCUGGAUGAAGAGGACUUAAAUAUGUUUAAUGCCAUGAAGGAAAAGCACCCUCAGUCUAAAAGCCUAACUAUACACUGGCAGUGGUACUUGCCUUUUCCACCAAAUAUAAAGGAGUAGAAUCAUACUUUUUCUUUAACUGCUAACAAAUCUAGGCCCUUUUAAGCUGCAAAUGGAAUGUUCGAGUCUUGGCUAUUUGCUAUCAUCUGCAGCUGCAUGGAAUCUGAUCUAUACCAACACAAAAGGAAAAAGGUCCCUCCAUGAACAUCCCCAUUAUUGAAUAGAUCUACAUUGGCACACUUAUCUGGGUUUUAAAGGAGAAGGAAAACAGUUUAUUGCCAAUAGAUUAGCCACAAUAUUUAUUCUGUAGAAUGCUUUAC